AUGUUAAAACUGGCGAACACAGUCCGAAGUGGUCUUCUCACCUCGACAAUCCGAAAUGUUCGAACUUUGGCUCCAACUGUGAAUCCAGCCGAACAGCAACAAGUUCAGGCGGUUCUACCCGACAAAUUGUACAGUUCCAUUGAGAUUGAGUAUCGUGGACACGACAAGGCCGUUCUCAAGUCCUAUACCACGUUUUUGCAGCAAGUAUGUCAACAUUUGGAGAUUCCACAAGGACGUCUAGAAGUGUUACCGUAUAUUCGAUGGGUUCAACCGGCUCUCCGAUCGAAAUUCGUUCAUAAAAAAUACAAAUUGCACUACGAGACGAGAACACACAUUUCGAAACUUGAGAUCCAAAACGUGACCGGCUCGACAGCAUCAACAUUCCUCGAAUACAUUCAACGAAAUAUUCCAGAAGGCGUCGGAAUGCGUGUCGGAUUCACCGAACUUCAACCACUUCCAUUGACUAUUCAGAAUUGA